CUUUCUGACUUCCGAUUUCUGACCUCUGAACUCUGACCUUCAACUGCUCAAAGCAGCAGAUGUGACUGAGGCCAACGAAGCCAUAGGUUAGGUCUAGUCUAACGGGCCUAAACCGCGGACCAGCUCCAGACCCCGCUGACGCCAAGAAGUGGGGCUAUCAUCAAAGCAUUGCGACAGUGUCUUUCUAUGGUAUUCGCUGGAGUGCAAUUCCUAUGAGUAAUCGAGUCACUGGUUCAAAAAUGGCGCAAUUGAUACUGCGACAAGCAGGUGCGGCUGAGCGCAGUACAUAAGUAUGGGGGAAGCCGCACUCAUGUCAACACACCACUUUCACCACCGACCACUACUACGGACCGUCAGCAAACUCUCGAGUCAAGCCUCGUUCCUGAACAAUUUCAAAGACCCAUAGCACCACUAUCGUCAUGGUCAAAGUAGUUUUCGGAGGCGGUGCCUUCGCCUUUGGUGGCUUCAGCAACAAAGAUGCGGUGGCUGAGGCUAUUGACGUCCUCCUUGCUGCAGGCGUGACCACCAUCGACACAGCACGUAUCUAUCCAGGCUCUGAAGUCGCCAUCGGCGGCCAGGAGAAGCGUACGCAGUUCACUAUCGACACCAAGGUACCUGGCGGGUUCGCGCCAGAUACCGCACACAAGGAUACCAUCGUCGAGCACGCCAAGGAAGCUCUCGAGAAAGUCAAAAUCAAGCAAUUCGACAUCCUCUACAUCCACUCUCCCGAUCCCGAUAUCCCGCUCGAUGACACACUAGCUGGCAUCAACGAGGCGCACAAGCAGGGCAUCUUCCGUCGCUUCGGCCUGAGCAACUAUGCUCCACAAGAUGUCCAGCGUGUAUACGACUUGGCAAAGGAGAAGGGCUACCCGCUUCCUGAAGUCUACCAGGGCAACUACAAUCCCGUUGCACGCCACUUGGAGAAGGAUCUUUUCCCCGUCCUUCGCAAGCUGGGUAUCGUGUUCUACGCCUACUCGCCCCUGGCUGGUGGUUUCCUCACCAAAACCGCUGCUGACCUCGACGCUGGUGCCGGUCGCUUCAACAAGGACGCACUGGGCGGUAUGUACAGCAACAUGUACGACAAGCCUACUCUACGAGAGGGGCUGAAGGAGUGGAAUAAGAUUGCCGAGAAAGAGGGAGUUAGCAAGGCAGAGUUGGCCUACAGGUGGGUUGCGCAUCACUCUGCGCUGACAGAAGAGGGUGAUGGUGUGAUCUUCGGCGCAAGCAAGUUGAGUCAGAUCGAGCAGACAGCUGGAGGUAUCAAGAAGGGUAAGCUGAGUGAAGAGGCUGUGAAGAGUAUCGAGCAGCUGUGGGAGAGUGUCAAGGCAGAGGCACCUGUGGACAACUAUAUCGCGUCGAGGGGGGCCAAAAUUUAGAUGACAGGUGCAAGGGGCAGGCGUUAUACAGUACACAGUCACUAGCGAAUGACACAAUGUAUAGCCUGAAGGCAGCCCAAGAAUUCGAGUGAUGACGAUUGACAUCAAAGGGUUGAACACCCGACGUAAGAAAAGAAGAGGUUCCUAUAUGAUCGUUGUAUACAAUGUUUCAUAUCCGUAUGACCACCUGAAUUGCACACAUAUGAUGCUCAAGGGCCUUUUAGCCAACCAACGUAUCGCUCUUCCACCGCUCAUGUUCCAUUUGUACAGAUCUACUUU